UUCCAUUACCCAAUAGGUUUAGUCUCCAAUCAGCGCUUCAGCACUGGUCGGUGGCAGCUCGACGGCUAUAAGAUAGAACAUGAGCGUUGCACUAUGCGUUUACCGUCCUUCAUUCCUCCGUUUUUUCCCUUUCACAAAGUUACUCUAUUUACGCUCAUAGACCAUUAUCAAAGCAAUGAUUGACUUAACAUUUGAAUUCAAGGCCCUAGGAGCAUUGGUUGCUCUCGUUCUAGCAGGCAGUUUCCUCCGCAAUAAGAUACGUUCAAGGUCACGCUUGCCUCUUCCUCCAGGACCCCCUGGACAUUGGCUGUUCGGAAAUGCUAUACCAAGGACCAACCAAUCUCAACAUUUUGCUGAAUGGAUUAAUACCUACGGGCCUAUCAUCUCGCUUCGGGUCGGGCCCAAGGUCAUGAUCAUCAUUGGCAGAUAUCAGGAAUCCGUUGACAUAAUGGAGAAAGAAGGUGGUCUACUAGCGGACCGCCCCCGUGCAGUUGCAGCAGGAGAGAUUCUAUCUAGCGGACUACGUAUGAUCCUUGCGCCCGCAGGAGAGCAGUUCCGGAGACUUCGCAAGGCUGCACACACUCACCUUCAAGCGAAGGCCGCGGAAUCCUAUGCGCCCCUCCAGAUGGACGCCGCCCGUGAUGUCAUCCUUGACAUCCUUGAUAACCCUAAAGGACACCAAGCAGCCGCGAAUCGCUACGCCGCUUCAGUCAUCUUGCGUGUCAUGUAUGGGAAGUCCACGCCCACCGCCACAGAUGCUCCCGAGAUCAUCAUCAUCCACAAGAUGCUCAAGCGCUUCCAGGGGCUUAUGCGACCUGGUGCAUCAUGGAUAGAACGCUUCCCAAUACUUAGAUAUGUCCCGGGAUACACAAGGGAGUUAGAGGAAUGGAGAAGGGAAGAGAGUCAGCUCUUCCAUGAUCAACUUGAUCGUGUUUCGAAAGAAUUGGCGACCGACAAAGCUGGACCCUCAUUUGCUCGGUACCUUCUUGAGAAUCAGUCUUCGCACAAGCUUUCAGACGAAGAAAUGGCCUAUCUCACCGGUUCGCUCUUUGGUGCCGGUUCAGACACGACUGCUGUCGCGAUUAUAGUUGUUGUGAUGGCUGCUGCAUGCUUCCCAGAGGCGCAGGAGAAAGUGCAAGAGGAGUUGGAUGCCGUCGUUGGUCGUGACAGGGCUCCCACGUUCGAUGACUACAGUUCCCUCCCGCAGGUUGAGGCAUUCAUGUUGGAAUGUCUUCGCUGGAGGCCUGUAACAACUCUUGGAUUCGCCCACUGUGCCCAAACCGACAUCGUAUACAAAGACAUUUGUAUACCACAGGGUGCUAUCGUCUUUGGCAACCACUGGGCUAUCUCGCGCGAUGCGAGUGUCUACCCCAACCCUGACGCGUUCAUCCCUGAGAGAUGGCUCGACAGCGAUGGUAAAAUCCGGGAAGACCUCAAGUUCCCUUCGUUCGGUUUUGGACGCAGAAUCUGCCCCGGUCGGCACAUAGCGAAUCGCUCGGUCUUUAUCAACCUCGUGCUCCUCUUGUGGUCGUUCAAGAUCUCGCAGGACCCGGAGAACCCUAUUAACCAAUCGGGCUUCGUGGAUGGUGUGAUUGCGCACCCAAAACCAUUUGCUGCGCGCUUCAAGCCGCGGUUUGGAGAUGAGGCGUCAUUGAGGAGCGUGAUGGCCAAGUAUGGAGAGUUGUAGGAUCUUGAGCAUGAAGUAGUGACGUAUUUAUAGUGCUUGUGAUGUGAUAGUAUCUUCGUGCCGAGGACUGGUAUUUUGGCACCCUAUGGCGUCAAUCAUAUUGAUACGUUCUUUCUAGUGUCGCAUAGUUCAAAACAACGUAGUAGUAUUAGGGAUGUCAACUUUGACAAAACUUUUAUUUGAGUCCAGCAAAAGUUUCGAUGUCCGAAUCGAGGGUCGACCGGUCAAGAAUGGUUAUCAGGCUGGUUCAUGGUCUUGCUUCGCUUCUGAACAUCGGCUCACAAUCACAAGG